AUGGUUAAACGAAGCAAGCUGCUCCAGGCCCUCGAUGCCCACAAGGGUCGCGACUACGAUGCCGAGAAGCAGAAGAAGAUGGUGAAGGCCGCAGAAAAGCGUAAAGGCGUGAAGAAGACCGACAGCCCAGCAAAGGCCAAGGAGACCAAGCAAGAUAAGGAGGAAGUUGCUGUGAGCUCCGAAGCCGAGGAGGACGACGAGGAGGAGCAGGAGGAGGUCGAGGCUGAGGAGUCCGACGAAGAAAAUGCCGAAGAAGAGGCCGAAGAGGACGACGACGAGGAGGAAGAGGAAGAGGAAGACAUCCCCCUAUCAGACCUUGAAGACGAUGAACGUGAGGAUGUCGUCACCCACCAACGCCUGACCAUCAACAACUCCGCCGCGAUCACCGCCUCCCUCAAGCGCAUUUCCUUCAUCACAUCGCAGACCCCAUUCUCCGAGCACAACUCCCUCGUGUGUAAAGAGCCGAUCGAGGUUGAAGACCCCAAUGAUGACCUGAACCGUGAAUUGGCCUUCUACAAGGUCUGCCAAGCUGGCGCAACCGAGGCCCGUGGUCUGCUGAAGAAGGAGGGCAUUCCCUUCACCCGUCCUGGUGACUACUUCGCAGAGAUGGUCAAGAACGACGAGCACAUGGACAGAAUCAAGAAGAAGCUGUACGAUGAGGCAGCUGGCAAGAAGGCCGCUGCUGAGGCGCGCCGCCAGCGUGACCUUAAGAAGUUCGGCAAGCAGGUGCAGGUCGCCAAGUUGCAGCAGAGAGCUAAGGAGAAGCGGGAGACUCUUGACAAGAUCAACACCCUGAAGAAGAAGCGCAAGGCUGAUACUUCUGCUCCUACCGACGAUUCCAAGGACCUCUUCGAUGUCGCCAUUGAGGAGUCUGGCCCGACUGACCGCAAGCGUGGUCGCGGUGACGGUGGUGGCAACUUCAAGCGCCAAAAGAGAGACCAGAAGUUCGGCUUCGGUGGUAAGAAGCGUCACUCCAAGAGCGGUGAUGCCGCAUCCAGUGGUGACAUGAGCGGCUUCUCUCAAAAGAAGAUGAAGGCUGGUGGUUCCAAGCGGCCCGGCAAGAGCAAGCGGGCCCAGGGUCGCAUGUAAAGUGUGAUGUAUGAGGAAUUCAGGUUGUGAGACGGAGAUGUGUGAAGGCGCAUUUGGCGCCAAAAAAAUCUCAUGGUGGAGAAUUUCCACUUUUGCUUUCUGUAAUAAACUAUAGUUACCCUGCAUCUAUGAAUUGACUUAUUUCUUACAUUC